AUGUCUUCCUAUAUAAAUCUUAUCUGCAUAUCGCAGUCAUUUAAGAUCUAUCUAUCUAUCUAUCUAUCUAUCUAUCUAUCUAUCUAUCUAUCUAUCUAUCUAUCUCAGGCUAUGCGCGCGCACCCCAACUUCUUUCUUUUUUUUUUCAUUUUUUCUUUCUAUUUUUUCAUUUUAUAUCCUUCUUUCCUCCAUGUCCACCUUCUUUCUUUCUUUCUUUCUUUCUUUCUUUCUUUCUUUCUUUCUUUCUACUUUUUCCUUUUUUCGACACGUCUCCUUUUCGCUAUGCUCAAUUUCUUUCUUUCUUUCUUUCUUUUUCUUUCUUUCUUUCUUUCUUUCUUUCGUCUUCAUCCCUCAAUACCAAAAUUUAUUCUUUUAGUUUUGUCCUGUCUGGAACAGAGUCCCAAAUGUCGGACUUACAUCAUGUGCCUUUCUACUAUACAUUUUUUGCUCCUUCCUUCCUUCCUUCCUCCUUCCUUCCUUCCUUCCUUCCUUCCUUCCUUCCUUCCUUCCUUCCUUCCUUCCUUCCUUCCUUUUCAUUUCUUUCACCUUUCACUUUCCCUUUAUUUGUUUCUUAGUUUCUUUCUUUUUCGCCGUCUGUAUUUUUUUCUUACCUUCAUUUAA